AUGGAUAGUUGGGAGACAUUAGAGCCUGUUUACGAAAAAGGCGUAGUUGAUUCACUAGUUUCAGUUAGAAUCCCGAUUUUAUCAUCUAUUAAAUCAGUGUUACCAGAGAUUUCCGAACAGGAAUUGAACAAGAUCGUAGUGGUUUUGUUAAAGACAUUCAACUAUUACCACGAUGCGCAAUCAAGAAAUGCCGUAUUGAGUGUUUUACAAGCUAUUGGGGGUAAAUACCCGAAAUAUUUGCUAGUGUAUGUCAAGUUUAUCAAUCAGCAAGCUGAUGGGCCGACAUUACCAAUUACUGAUUAUAUGACGCUUUUGCAAUGGAUCAAUGCGUUUGUGGUUGAUAUGGCCAGACUCGGCAAAUUAGACGAUUCUGUGGCAUUGGCUCAAGGGAAGGUGUUGAGCAAGUGUAUAAGCUUUGAAGGAAAACGAAGGAGAAUUUAUAAAUCGGCAAUUCAAACUACAAAGACUGCUAUGGGUGAUGCAUUGGCAGUUGGUUCUGGGUACUUGGAUAUAGUUGUGAGGAACAAACUGUUUUCAUUAUUGGGGGUGUUGGACAUGGCGCUAGACAAACAUCCUGGGUUGUUUGAAGUUUACCAGCAAAAGUAUACGGCCGAGAUCUUGGAUUUUUUUGUUAACCACGGUUUGCUAAGUAAGGUUCCACCUACCCCGCAAGAUUUGGCAGUGUUUGGCAGAUGUAUCAAGAGUUUGGUAAAAGACUUUUCCAAGUUGGUCCCACAUAUUGAGAAGGCGAUAUUAAGGUCGUCGGAAAAUUCGUUUGUAUAUACCCUUCCAGUCCUAUUUGAGAACUUGUCGAUUGAAAUUGAGUUGAGUGCCAAAUUGGUCAAUGCGAUUAUUUCCGGUAUCAAGUCGACCAAGGAGAAUGUGAGGAAUGGUGCUGCCAAGACUUUGGCGUUGGCUUUACAGAAGAACACUGCUGAUUUGGUUGAUGAGAUCUUCAAAGCCAUCAAGGCCACGUCCAAUGCCGAAUCCAAGGCGUUGAUUGUAAAGUGUUUGUUGUAUUUCCCCGACUCAGAAAAGAUUGUUAAGCAGGUGUUGCCGUUGGUAUCGAAAGACCAAAACGAGACAUCGUUGGCGAGUUUGGUUAAGGUGUUUACGUUUCAUGGGUUAAAGUAUCAUAAUGACGAGGUGGUUAAGCAGUUUAUUGCUGGGUUCAACUCUGUCAAAUUGCGUCGAGUUUGGUUUGUUGAGUUUGGCGAAUGUGUGGAGACGUUGCCAUUCCCUGAACUUUUGGGUGAAUUUGAAAAGAUCUUGAAAGGGAUAGAGGAUGCACCCCUUCCAUCGGUAAGCAAUAAGAGUAUUGUGUGUGCCUUUGUUAUUUUGGCAUUGACGGGCAAAGAUUCGCCGUUGCUUAACGACACAAGAAUUUUCAGCAAGCUCGAUGAGGUUGAAUUGAAAUGGUUAGUGCGUGCUUUAAAAAAUGAUCCUGCUGGUUGGAUAUACGUGUUGACGAACGCCCCAUAUAAGGUAAGAAUGUUUGCCUUGGAGAAGAUAGUGUUGAAUGAUGAACUCAGCCAAGGGUUAAUUGAGGUGGUGUUGGAUGGUGAUUUGGCGAAUGUUGGGCCUGUUUUUGCAUUGCUUAGUCGUUAUUCGGAGAAGAAUUUACGGCACCUCAUUCUUCCUGCAAGAAAGGCGGGAGUUGACUGGAUCGCAUUAGCUCAAAGGGCCAAAAUCGACGUUGGGAAGUUAGUUGGUGAGAAUUUUAGUGCUAUUUUCCAAGAGUGUGUUGAUGAUGGGUCACAGGCUGCUGUUCAGGCCAUUGGUGAUAUUGCCUUUAUCCAGCCAGAGCUUAUCCAACCAAUUGUUGCCGUUAUUGAUUUGGACGUGUCGCAACUUAGUUUUACCCAGCAAGAGAUUGACAUUUACCAGGGCCACGAAGGUCAGUUGGUUGUUAAUGUGCUUAACGAGAAGCAACUCGACAAGAACUCCAAGGAUUAUGAAAUCAAGAAAUGGGAGCAGUCUAUCAAGAAGGAGUUGAAACAGCCGAAAAAGUUAUCUAAAGAAGAACAAGCUUUGGUUAAUCAGCAGCUCGCCAAGGAGAGUGAGAUUAGGAAGAAAGUGGGUGAGGUUGUUGAGCGUGCUAAUUUUGUCAUUAGUUUGAUUAUCGAGUUGACAAAACAGGCCAAGCUUGUGAACAAUGGUGGUAACUUGUGGUUCCCGGUUGCCGUUAACAAGUUGCUUGAAUUGCCACAGUCCAGCUUGUUUAACCCUAUUGAUGCGUUUCUUGGAUUGUCGGAGUUGAUUUCACCUAGACUCGGGGUUUUGUGCAAGUUUAUUGGUGUUGCCACCCUCCGGUUGUAUGGCAUAAAGUUGGAUGAUAGUUUAGAGCAGGAACCGCUUGUGUCACUUUUGGGAAGAAUUUUAUACAGAAUCAAGAUGCUUAGUGACCAGCAGCCACUUGACUCGUUGAGUUUGUCGUAUGUGUUGCCGUUGUUAACACGAGUAUUGUAUGAUGGUAAGGCGGUGGCAAUCAAGAAUGCAUCAAAGGGUGCAGUCACAUCCGAAUUUGUUGAAGAAGACCCUGAGGAAGAACAAUUGUUGUUGGCUAUUGAGAUUAUUUCUGCUCAUGCCGAGUCGUUUGAAGACGACAAGAUUCCACGUACCAGUAUUUUAGAAGUCUUGAUUUCGUUAAUGAAAUUACCGUCAAAGGCCAAGUUGUCAAAAGAAUGCUUUUUAUCGUUGUGCCAACACAUUGCAUUUAAUAUUAGACAAGGUGAUUUGCAGUUGUUAUUGGGCAGUUUGAUCACCCCUCACGUGUUUGUCAGAUCGACAUUGUUAGAAGGGUUAGAUGCUGAGUUUGAGUUGGAAGAGUAUUCAAAGGAGUUGUUUGUGGCCACCCACGAUAACGACCAGAACUGUCGUGAGCUUGCACAAACUAUUUGGGACGACAAUGAGUUGGAAGUUGAGGAUGCUUCAAGGUUGCUUAGUUUGUUUGGCAAUAGUGAUGCUGGUCUAAGGAAUUCAGUGGCACACGCGUACGUCGAUGCCAGCCAGCAAACAUUGCUAAACAUUGAGGAAUUGUUUGAAUUGUAUGAUGAAAAGAAGAACCCGCCACCACCAAAAUUAGACCAGUUUGGGUUGGUUAUCAAGUCUAGUAUUGAUAAUCGUGACCGAUGGGAAGAACGGUCGACUGUGGCCAUUGCGUUGAAAUUGUUGGCUCCGUUGUAUACCGAAGCACAUGUCAAACAGUUGUUUGAGUUUCUUGUUGAGACUGCUGAUAAGGACGAGUUGGUGGCGCAAGAAUUACAGGAUGCCGGUGUUGAAGCCAUCAAGUUGCAUGGAGCGUCCAACGUUGAAGUGUUGAUCCCUAUUUUUGAAACCAGCUUGGCCAAGAGUAGUAAAGAAUCAGUCGUGGUGUUGUAUGGUACGUUAGCGCGUGAUUUGGACAAGAGCGACCCGCGAUUAAAGAUUAUAAUUGACAGGCUUAUGAAGAGUUUGGAUGCGCCAGCAGUGCAGUAUGCUGUUUCUGAAUGUAUUGCGCCUUUGGUGGGUGCGAUAGACAAUUUGCCACAAGUGUUUGAUGAGUUGUUUGAGAAAUUGUUUAGUGCUAAAAAAGUGUCUUCGCGUCGUGGUGCCGCAUACGGAAUUGCAGGGUUGGUUAAAGGUAGUGGAAUCAAGAGUUUGAGCUCGUACGAUAUUAUUCGUACCUUGACUGAUGCUGCUGAAGAGAAGGAUACAGUUAAACGUGAGAGCGUUUCUAUUGCGUUUGAGACGUUGUCGAGAAGUUUGGGCAAAUACUUUGAGCCGUACGUGUUGGAGAUAUUGCCGAUCAUUCUUAAAUCGCUUGGUGAUCCAGUGCCCGAAGUGAGAUUGGCUACCGACAAUGCCGCUAAGGAGAUUAUGAAAAACACUACUUCGUUUGGGGUGAAGAAACUUAUUCCGUUGGCUAUAUCCAAUCUAGACGAGAUUGCGUGGAGAUCGAAAAAGGGGUCAGUCGAGUUGCUUGGGUCGAUGGCGUAUUUGGACCCAACACAGUUGUCGGCGUCGUUGUCGAUUAUUAUUCCCCAGAUUGUUGGUGUGCUUAACGAUACUCACAAGGAGGUUAGAAAGGCGGCGUCGGCGGCGUUGCAGAGGUUUGGUGAGGUUAUACGAAACCCGGAAAUUCAAGCGAUUGUGCCUGAUCUUAUUAAUGCUAUUGGUGACCCUACCAAGUAUACUGACGAUGCAUUAGACAAAUUGAUCAAGACACAGUUUGUGCACUAUAUUGAUGGUCCGUCGUUGGCAUUGAUUAUACAUGUUAUUUAUAGGGGUAUGAAAGAUCGAGCAUCUACAAAGAAAAAGGCAUGUCAAAUUGUGGGUAAUAUGGCAAUUUUGGUUGACUCCAAGGACUUGCGUCCGUACUUGAACGAAUUGGUUGGCGAGUUGGAGAUUGCUAUGGUUGAUCCUGUUCCUGCCACGAGAUCGACUGCUGCAAGAGCAUUAGGGUCGUUGGUUGAAAAGUUGGGUGAAGACAGUUUCCCAGGGUUGAUUGGUAAAUUGGUGGCCACUCUUGAGGAUGAUACAAAAGCUGGUGAUCGACUUGGGUCGGCCCAGGCGUUGGCAGAAGUUAUUUGUGGUCUUGGGAUUAACAAGUUGGAGGAGAUGUUGCCGGUUAUUUUGUCGUCUGCAAGCGCACCACGUACACGUGCUGGGUUUAUGCCGUUGUUGUUGUUUUUGCCUGUAUGUUUUGGGUCGCAGUUUUCGCCUUAUCUUAACAAGAUUAUUCCACCCAUCUUAAAAGGAUUGGCUGACCAGGAUGAGGAGGUUAGGGAUACGGCAUUGAAGGCUGGUAGGUUGAUUGUGAAGAACUAUGCCAAGAAGGCAGUUGACUUGUUGCUUCCAGAAUUGGAGAAUGGGUUGUCUGAUAGUAGUUAUAGAAUUAGGUUGUCGUCGGUUGAGCUUACUGGAGAUUUGUUGUUCCAGAUUACGGGUAUUUCCGGUAAGAACGAGCUCACUGAGGACCAGAACCUUAACAAGACGCUUGUGGAAGUGCUUGGACAAGAGCGACGCGAUAGGGUGUUGGCGUUGUUGUUUGUUUGCCGGUCAGAUGUUGCUGGUAUUGUUAGGAAUGCGACAGUUGAUAUUUGGAAGGCGUUGGUUUCCAACACGCCAAGAACAGUCAAGGAGAUUUUGCCCUCGCUUACUGCCAUUGUUGUGGGGAAGUUGUCGUCGCCCGACGAUGUUCAACGUACUAUAGCUGCACAAACAUUAGGGGAGAUGGUACGUCGUGUUGGUGCCAAUGCGUUGGCACAGUUGUUGCCUACAUUGCAAGAGUCGGACGACAAGCAAGGUGUUUGUAUUGCCGUUACUGAAUUGAUCAAGUCUACGUCGCACGAUGGGUUGGUGCAGUACCAGGAUACGUUUAUUGAUAUUAUUAAGGAUGGGCUUGUUAGUUCUCGAGAGGAAGCUGCAGUUGCGUUUGAUGCGUUGCACCAGGAACUUGGCAAGGUGGUUAUUGAUGAGAUUGUACCUGAUUUGUUAAAGAGGUUGAAAGAGCCGAAUGCAUUGCUUGCGUUGAAGGAUAUUAUGCUGAAAAAGUCGGAUGUGAUUUUCCCUAUUUUGUUGCCUACGUUGCUUACACCGCCGGUUGACACUGAAGCGUUGGCGGCAUUAGCGCCAGUAGCUGGGUCUGCCUUGUACAAGAGGUUAGCGGUGAUUAUCAACACGUUGGUAGAUGCAAAGAGUGAAGCUGUUGAUGAGGUUAUGUUGUCGGUUGAAGAUGAUGGUGUUCACACGUUGAUGCAAAUUAUUUUGGGGCUUCUUAAGGAUGAGGAUACCAAGAGGAGAGUGUUUAUUUUCUCGAGAUUGGCUGGGUUUUUUGGGGCUACUGAUCUUGACUAUUCGAUGUAUCUUGAGGAUAUGGUUACGCGAUUGAUUCUUUCGUUGGCUGAUCCGUCGCCAGAGGUUGUUAAAGGUGCAUUUGAGGCGUUAUCUGCGUUGGUCAAGAGACAACCAAAAGAAGUUCUUGAGAAGUUGGUCAAACCAGCAAAGCAAACAUUGGACUUGUGUAUUGAUAUCCCUGCAUUUAGCUUACCAAAAGGUCCCAAUUGUGUUUUGCCGAUUUUCUUGCAUGGGUUGAUGUAUGGUAAUCAUAAGGAAGAGGCGGCGUUGGGUAUUGCUGAUAUUAUUGACAAGACGCCAGGAGAAAACUUGCGUCCGUUUUCCACGUCAAUUACUGGUCCGUUGAUUAGAGUUAUUGGGGAGAAGGUUGCUAGUGAUAUCAAGGCGGCCAUUCUUGUGGCAUUGAACAAUUUGUUGGUUAAGAUUCCGCAGUUUCUUCGUCCAUUUAUUCCGCAAUUGCAAAGAACUUUUGUCAGGUCGUUGUCCGAUAGCAAUGAAAAGUUGCGUAAACGCGCUGUUGUUGCGUUGGGCACGUUGAUUAAGUUUCAACCAAGGGUUGAUUCGUUGGUUACUGAGUUGGUCAAUGGGGCCAAGACGUCGGAUUAUAAAGAGUCUAUGUUGAAGGCGAUGUUGGUUGUUGUUGAGCAAGCGGGGAAGAGUUUGAGUGAGGCGUCGAAACAGGCGAUAUUGGUAGUUGCAGAGCAAGAGAUGGACCCGGUGCUUAUUGGGAGUCUAGCUGGGAGCUUAUCAGAGGAGGAAGCAGAAAGUAUACUAGACAAUGUUUUGGCGAAUGAGUCCAAGUUUUCCAUUCUUGCGAUAAACUCGUUUUUGAAGUAUUCUCCCGAGCAUGUGAAGAGCGAUGCAGUUGUCAAUUUUGUUGUCGGGUGUGCCAAUUCCGACAAUGCAUAUAUGAGUGAUAACGCCACAAUCGCUAUUGGUAAGCUAUUGUUGCUUGGUGUUGAGAGUAAGGAGUUGGUUGAUCAGCUUGCAAUGAAUGCGAUCGCCCCCAAAUCGUCUUCUCCUGAUACGAGACGGUUAUCGUUGGUGGUUAUUAGAACUGUGGCCAGACACAAAGGAAUUGUUGAUUUGGAUAUUGUUGUGCCUAGUAUAUUUGCGUGUGUUCGUGAUCCAAUCAUCCCCAUCAAGUUGGCAGCAGAAAAGGCGUUCCUUGAAGUGUUUGAUAUGGUCAAUGGCAGCGCCAAAUUUGACGCAUGGUUUAAGAAUGAGAAUUUGACUACAGUUACCGGGACAACAAUAGUUGCACGGUCUAUUGGCGAGUACACCAAGCGAGUUGCUAGUAGAUUAGCUGGUGUCGAAAGAGAGAGAAUCGAGGCCGGUGGCGAUGAAGAGACAUUGUUUAGUGAUAGAAUUGAAGAUGAAAAUGAAAUUUGGCAAGUAGGUAUAUAA